CAAAAGGAAACAGAAUAGUUUGAUGUCAUGAAAUAAUAUUAAAAAUAGACAGGGCAGUAAAAUUGUUUACAUUAUCGCUCGAGCGAUGCUUGGGGAGGGGGUCAAAGUUGACGACAUACAUACGGGUCAUUGGUACUACAGCAUGGCUAUAGUGAAAACUGAAAAGCAACACGUGUAGUAAAUUAUUUGGAAAUAUAGCCGACAUGUUAAAUAGUCAAACUCAUUUCUCAUUUUGUGUUUGAAAAUCCAAAGGGAUUCAGAUGCUAAACUAACCUACAAAUUGCUUUCUGACAAUUUAACCGAUUUAGUACAUGUAACUGAAAUUGGUCAACUUGUAUCAGGCUCUGAGAUUGGUCAAGCCAUGUUAGAAGUUAUUGCAGAAGAAGAGUUUGGUGUGAAUCAGACCACUGUUAUUUUAGUGAAGGUUAAAUCAAUCUCCUAUUUAAUGAUAAACACAGACACCCGACUACUAACACAAGGAGGUCACUUGACUAGUAUACCAGUUGGAACAACUCUCCAUUUUACAAUUACUUAUCAUGAUGAUGUUGGAGACAAGUUUUUUGCCACCAAUUCGCUCCUCAAGUUCAGAUGUAGCAGGUAUAAUUUACUACAUGUAUCUAAUGGAUUAGAUAAUAACACCUUGGUUGUGAAAACAGCUGAAGCAGGACAAACAGUUCUCAAGGCAUGGGAUAAGAAGAAUCCAUGGAUAGCUGAUUACAUCAAUAUACCGGUAGAUUGUGUUAUCAAACCAGCGCAAACUUUAGUAACAUUAACAUCUGUUAUAUGUCUGUCUACUCCAUUACUAUCAUCUACAGGUGACAGUGGCAAGUGGUCAAGUGACAGUACUGAUAUUGACAUAGAUUCUACAAGUGGCAUUGCUGUAGCUCUUGCUGUUGGUACAACUAAUACUGUAUUUUAUACUGUAUCUCAGGAUCUCAUGACAUAUACAGAGAUUAAUAUAGACCCAAUAAGAAACCUUGAUUUAAAUUCCAACUUGAAUGCUUUAUCUAAUGGACUGGCCCAUAAAAGUGUUAGUGUACCUAUUAGAGUGGAUGCAAAUGGCACAUUAAAAGGUGAUAAUUGCAGUGCUAGAAUAGCAGAAGAUUUAUAUUUGCCAUUGAUUAUACCAUUCCGUUGUCAUAUGCAACUUACUAAUCAACAAACAGAUCUGAAAAUAAAAGAUUUAUUUACUGUUCUUCCAGAGUUUGAUCCCAGAAAAGGUCAAUAUGUUUGCAAAUUGGAGUCUAUUCAAAAUGAAUACAUGACACAUCAGAUAAGUACCCUGAAUACCAAAAUACUUUUGCAUGUAACCCUACCAACACAGGAAGGUCAACCAGAGAUUACAUCAAACAAAUUGUUAUUUGACUUUCAUCCAGCGUUUUAUGUGCACAACUCUGAGGUUUUAUUAACCACAACUUCUCCACUAUCAUCUCUUCGUGUAUCAACUAAAUUCGAAUUGAUUGAUAGUAUAAAGAUAGUUGUAAGUGAUAGUUCUUUAAUUGAAUCAUUAAUACCUGAAAGAGAUACCCAGUCUGGAGCUGUGAUUUUGUUUCCUGUACGACUUUUAGAUACAUUUAGUAUAUGGGAACGAGAAUCAUUAGAUCUGUUUGUUGAGAUGUCUAGUCAUCUCACUGGUCAAAAAGUCAGAGUUCCUGUAUUAGUGAAGUUGUUAGGACAGAAGCCUGAUGGAACAGGUUUUAAAGGAGGUUAUGCCAGAGAUGUAGGUUGGGGAAUGUUAAUCAGAAAUAUUCUAUUUAACUAUCAGUCCUGGUUCGUUUUAUUUAUCAUAAUAUUGAUAACAGCAGCAUCUGUUCUUUUUGGUUACAAUGCUAUAUUAGGAUCAAGAUAUAAAACUACCGCUAACAGCAAUGUGUUUUUAUCAAACAGUGGAUCUCCAUUACAAGCUGUUCCCCAUUCAUCUUUUAUUCAACCUCAAGGUACACCACCACCAUAUAGUGGUUUUAACUCUACAUCAGUGUCACCUAAACUGUGGUCUGUUAACUACAAUCAACAAGAUCCUAAUAUAUCAUCUUUGAAACGUUCACCAUAUUCAUUUAAUAAAUCCUGAUGAUUGUAUAUAGAAUUAGUAAUUUUUGUUUUAAAAAAAAUAAUUGACUAACCUAGUUCCUAGGCAAAAGGAUUGCAAAACAAGGAGUUAAUAGUUUUUAGAUUCUCUGCAUUAUUAGACAAACUUUUCUACAGAAUGUUUUAUUGUAAUUACAGACAGGUAGUUUGGUGCAGGGCUUCAUAAUAACACUGAUUUUGGGCUCUGUUGACUUUCUCCAAAUUUUCGAUUCAUUCUUAUACUGUUGAAAGCAAAGUCAACCCCUGUAAUGUACUAAGAUAUGCAUUAAAGUUAAUGCAAAACACACUAUAAUGGAGUUCUUGUGUAUUAAAUAUUGUAUAUAAACUUUGCUGACAUAAUUUUUAUGAUUAUAUUAUUUGCUUUGUCCAUAAAGGAAGUAACCCAGGAACAUUUUUAGGCAUUUUGAGCUGUUUAGAAGAAGUUUUAAUGAUUUAUUGUCCCCCGCCUUUUGAAUAAAGCAGGGGACUAUUAAAAUGGGUCUGUCUGCCUAUCUGCCCGUCACACUCUUUGGGACACAAUAAUUUUCCUUCUAAUUGAGCUAGAAUGUUCAAACUAGGUGUAGUUGUUUUUUUUUUAGGUCCGGCCUUGAUGGAGUUCGAAGAUGAGCAUUUUCUGCUCCAUCGAGUUAGAAUGUUCACACUUGAUGUAGGCGUUCAUUAGGUAAAUGCCUUGAUGGAGUUCGAAUACACGCAUUGUCUGCUUAUGGUAAGCAGAGAUAAGCAGUUUGAUUGGUUGAUGCCUUGGGACACGAUAACUUUGGUUAUUAAGUGAGAUCGGCUCUGGGUAAACAGAGCUGUAAGCAAUUUGAGUGGUUGAGACUUUGGAACAUGAUAAUUUUGGUUCUAAUUGGAUGAGAGUGAUGAAACUCCCGAGUAUAGAUUCAAUAUAUUAUUACCUUGACUGAACAUUUUCUGCUUAGGCAAAGUAGAAACUUUUAUCUGAUUGGUCCAGACUUUGGAACACAAUAACUCUCCUUUUAAUUGGGGUAGAAUGUUCAAACUUGGUGUAGGUGUCUAUUGGGUGAAUGCCUUGACAAUAGUUCGAUCAUGCGCAUUUUCCACUAAGGCUAAACAGAUAUAACCAAUUUGAGUGGUUGAGACUUUGGAAGAUGUUAACUUUGUUUCUAAUUCGGUGAGAGCGAUGAAGUAUAGAUUCAUUGUAUUAUUUCCUUGACUUGAGUUGGUUGAGGAGAAUUUUCUGCUUAGGCUAAGGAGAGAUAAGCAAUUUGAUUGGUCAAGGCUUUGGAACAUAACAACUCUGCUUUUAUUUAAUUGUUGUAACUUGAUGUUAGAUGUUCAUUAGGUGAAUGUCUUGACUAAAUUUAAUGAUUAACAUUCCCUGCUAAAGCUACAUGUAAUAAGCAGAGCUAAGCAUUUUCAUUGGUCGAUGCUUUAGGACAAGAUAACUUUGAUUCUAUCUGAUAGACAGUGAUGAAACUUAGUGUAUAGUUGAUGAUCAGUUUGAUUCCUCGAUACUUUUAAAAGAAAAGUGUGCAGUUAAUUAAUAUGUGUCGUCUUUUUAUUUUUAUUUUGGGAUUUCGGCGGGGGACAUCAGCCUCAUUGUUGGCUUGUUUGCAUAGAAUAGUGUAUGAAAUGAAUAAAAAAUAAUCAGUUAUAUUAUUAUGUGUAUUUGUUCUGUCUAAUGUAUAAACCUUUCCAAUGGAUGGGUUAUUCAUUCUAUGUCGAAUCUAUGGCAAGCCAAAGCGGAAUUAAUUGCAAGACCGUUUUUCUGCAUGGAAAGAGAAAAAAUUGAGUAUAUAACAAUUUUUUCAUCACCUUCCAAGCGGUUUUUUCUGUACAAAACGACGUAUAAAGAUUCAAUAAAGAUUAUUUUUUGUCCA